ACCGAUCGCCAGUCUCUCGAUCGCGUUACAGCUCGUCACAAUAAAGCUCUCUCUUUUAAUUCUUGCUUAAUUAUUUAACUCCAAUAUAGUGUAUUAGUGUGUUUAAACAUCCAUUUUAAUUAGAGUGGAUCAAAGGGUGAGAGAUAAAAUUUAAAAUCGAGUGUCAACGCAUAAAGGCAAGAAAGGAGCAGAAAAAAUAUUUAUUAAAUUUAAGGGGGUGUACCAGGGAUAAAAUACGUGUACGGUCGGACAUGGCCACUUACGCUGCAUACAGACACAUUGAACUCGACAAUGUCGGUUAUGGAAAGAAAAGGGUUUUGAAACCACCUGGUGGCGGUAGCAGUGACAUAUUUGGCGGAGCAGACGAAACAAGCCCACGGCGUGUUAAGAAUCACAAUGCAUCUCAGCUUGGUUCAGCAUUAUACGGUGACAGUGGUGCAAGUACAGGCAGCAGCAGCCCCGAGACACCACGUGCCAAUAAGCCCGGUAAUGAUUCACACAAACGUCUGUUUGGUCCUCCCGAACCCGCUCCCAAAAACACAAAAAAUCACAUGCGCAGCAACAUCUCCCUCAGCGGAAAUGAUAUUAUUGACAAUAUUAAUUCGUCAAAUUGUCGCACAAAUAAGAACAAUGAGUCUAAUGGGACUCACAUCAAUGGCACCGCUUUUGUCAACGGCAACGCUAAUACUAAUGAUAUCACAGCUUUUAGGAGAAUCAAGCGAUUUCGAGGAUCGUCCUUUAUACCGCGGAAUCCCGUGACUGGAGAUGGAAUUGACAUUACGCCAGUGCGGCGCAGCACACGAAGGUGUCGAGAUCGUAACCCGGUGACAGGCGCUGGAUACACACCUGAUCAGCAGAACAACGUGACAUCGCACAAUGGCAGCAGCAAUGCCAGCAUUAAUGGCGAUUCAAAAUCAACAACUGAUUCAUCUCCAUCAAGCACAAAUAAACAACCUGGUCGUGGCCGUGUACCACCCGGUGGAUUCUCUUCUGGUCUUUGGUAAAAAGGACUUCCUUUUUAUCUUUGAGUAUUUUUUAUCUCACAUGAGAUGACUCAAAAAAAAAAUACAAAAGAAAGAAAAAAACAAAUUUCGAAUUAAUCAAUUUGUCAAUAUUAUCUAAAGAUUAAUUUUCAAAUGCUUCAGCCGUUGUCAUUCCUAUUUAUUUUUUUAUCGCUCUUCGGCUUAUAAUUUUUUUUUUAAAUUAAAUUAUAAUUAAAUCUUUCUGUUUUGAAGAAAAAAUUAUUUGUACUUGUACAAUUAUUGUCGUAAAUUAAUUGGUGUUAAAUAAAAACUAUAAAUAAAAUAGAAAAAAAUGAAUUUUGUAAUAAAAUAAUUUCAAAAUUAAUAAACAUUAAAGGAUUUAAUAUAUAUUCUCGGGCGUAAUUAAUAAUUGUACAUUUAAUCUUAUGAUUAUUAUUAUAUUUCUAUAAUAAUUAUUUAAUUAAAUAAAUAUAUAAAUUAAAUGCACCAUAUGAAAGUUAUUAAAUAAGUGCUUUCUCAAUGCUGUGCCUUCUUACUAUCAUAUAUUAAAUAUAUCAUUUUUUGUUGGCUUCUUCAAAGUCGGUAAAUAUGAAAGAAUAAAAUAAUUUAAAAAAAUAAAAAAAGUGGAUAAUAACUAGGCACUUGAAUAGAUUUAACUGUACAUGAGACGCCCGAGUGCUCUUCGUGAUUUUUCUCUUUUUUUAAAUUUUCUUACUCUUACCAUCUCGUGUAAUAAUUCAUUUUUGUUUUCUUUUUACAUUUCUCAUUAUUAUUAUUUAAAAAUUUUUUUUUUUGCGCAUUCCUUGUUUAUCGGUGUGCAUCAUCCAAUACGGAACUGCGUUUGGCUCUUAGCACAACUACUUUAAACUCGUUGGAUACACGAGAAUCGCUUAUAAUUAUUUUCAUAACAGCACGUAUUUUAUAAACGUAUUUAUUUUCGAUGCGAUAAUCUCAGCUAUUAAUAUUUAUCAACAUUUAUAGAUAAUAGUAAUUAUAAUAUAUCAAAAACAAGAAAAUGUGGAUGAACAAAAAAAAAUGUAAAUUUUUUCAUUAUCAAAAACAUGAUUAAAUAAUUUAAUUCAUUUUCAUUCAUUCACAAUAUACUCAUUUAUACACCAUGUAAUCAUAACGUUUUUCUUUUUGUCACAAAGAAAUAAAAAUAACCAUAAAUAAUCAACAAAUGACUUGACCUCAUAUUUGGUAUAAGUUAAAUUAUAUAAAAUGUAAUAAUUCAUCAUUAUUAUUUGUGAUUAUACCCUUUUGUACUCUGGCAAUAAAUAAAAAUUUUGUAAACAAACUUAUUUUUAUUAUUUAAAAAAAAAAUUAUUUCAUGAUAAAUUAUUAUUAUUAUAAUAGAAUGAAUAGGGAUUGUUUGAGUUCACAAUGCAAGCGUGUACUUUAGAAUUGGAGUAAGGCAGAAAUUAUAAAUGCGGUCAUUGAAGUAAUCUCUUACUAAAAGCAACUGGUCACUUUAAUGGAUUUAUUAAUGACGUUUAAAAUAUUUUCUUUAAAGACAAUGAACAUAAGCUGAUCCAGAGACAC